CUCCCUGCCUGCCCCUUCUCCAGCCAGAUACUGUUGUCUGGCACCUCUGUUGCAGUGGCCCGGCAUCUUGUUUUGUUUGCCACACAUAAGAAAAAACGUAUCAUCACAUCUGGGAUUAACACGAUGGCUGACAGCUGAAGCCUACCGAGUCACAAAGAUCAAGUUUCCAGGUAACAUGAUGGAGGUGGCAGGUCCCUGGACAGAAGUAUUCGAGGGCUCAGAGAGGAAGGAGAAGUCCGGAGGAGCAGGCACGUUGCUGGGCAGCUCCACUCUGACUCUGGCUCCUCUGGUGGCAGAUGCUCCUUCCAUUCGCCGCUCCCAGCCCAUUCUAAUCACCUCAAACAGGGUGAAAGGAGUAGAGACGUUCUCUUCCUCUGUCCCAUCCAUACCCAACCCCUUUCCAGAGCUGUGCAGCCCCUCAAAGUCUCCAGUGCUCAUUAGUUCUCUCCCACCACCGUCAAGUGACAAACAUCUGAUAAAGGUGUACGGGGAGGACAGCCACAGCAGGUCGGUGUGGGUCUCACCUGAAGCCACAGCCAGAGAGGUGUGCCACAUGUUGGUCCAAACGGCUCACUGCAGUGACCAGGAAAACUGGGCCCUCCUCGAACUCCAUCCCACCCUCGGCCUCGAGAGGUGUCUGGAGGACCACGAGAUUGUGCUGGAGGUUCGGGCGACCUGGUCUCUAAAGGGCGACACGAGGCUCGUUUUCCGCAAAAACUACGCCAAGUACGAGUUCUUCAGGAAACCAGUGCUGUUCUUCCCAGAGAGCAUGAUCUCCGACAGCGCAGACGUCAACAAGGGAAUGAAGUCGUCAGAGCUCAUUCAGAACCUGCUGAAGUCUGGGACGUGUCCAGAGAUCCAGGGUUUACUGCAUGUAAAAGAGCCCAGUCGUAAGGCCUGGAAGAAGGUCUACUUUUUCCUCAGACGCUCCGGACUCUACUGCUCCACCAAGGGCUCCUCCAAGGAGCCUCGGCACCUGCAGUAUGUGGCUGAUCUGGAAGAUUUAAACGUAUACACUGUGGUGAACAGCCGUAAACUGUACGGAGCACCUGCAGACUUCACUUUCUGCAUCAAGCCUUCCAAAAACCCCGUCCGUACUCAGGACCUGAAGAUCCUGUGUGCUGAGAACGAGCAGACGCGAACUUGUUGGACAUCGGCUUUCAGAUUGUUCAAGCAUGGGAAGCAGCUUCAAUGUAACUACCAGUUGUCCAAGUCGGCUCCACAAAGCCUGGAGGGAACCAACCUCACAGAUGGCAAAUCAAAGUCGGAGGCCAGCCUGGUGGCUAUGGACUUCUCAGGGAAGGCCGGAGGACGGGUCAUCCAGAACCCUAUGGAGGCCCAGAACGCAGAGAGGGAGGAAGGACAAGCCUGGAGGAGGAGAGAAGCCCUGAGGUGCAGUCUGCCCAACCUGAACUCUGGCUGCGAGACCUUCCUCCAUCCACAAAACCCAGCCGUGGUUUCAUGGCGGCGUGUCCAGAAAAGAAGCUCAGAGACUGAUAGAGAAGCAGGGGCUGGUCGACGGGAUGUUCCUCAUCCGUGAGAGUCAGCAGCACGCACAGUGCUUCGUCCUGUCGCUGUGUUACCAGCUGAAGACCAAACACUACCUGGUGAUCCCUUGCGAGGACGGAGGCAGGAAGUAUUACACCAUGGACGACGGUCUGACUCUCUUCAUAGAUCUCCUGCAGCUGGUGGAGUUCCACCAGAUCAACAAGGGAAUCCUGCCCGUCUGCCUCAAACACCCCUGCGUCUGUGUGGCACUAUAAACC